CUAGCAAAAUCAGUCGAAGGUUGAGAUCGGUCGCGGCAGGAGGUGCAUUCGUGUUGACCGUGUGUAGCCGCUAUCAUGUGUUUGGCCGCAACUGUCUGAGCCUGGACAAAAUAUUCGAGUGUGCAAAUUAUUCUGUUUCAAUGGGCGCUAGGCGCGGCUCUGCUAGACGAGCUGCAGAAGUCCGACGACUCGAUGACGACGUCGUCCAUCAAUGACGCCGGCGCUCGAGGCAUCGUUCGACCAGGAGGGGUGCAUCAGUCCUCCCGAGGACAAACACACCUCCGACCUAUACACCAGAACAACAUGGGUCGACGCAGCCCUCGCAUAUUCGCUUCUCAAAAAAGGCAAAGUUGCUGGACAGAGGGCAUCUUUGUUCAUGCUGAGGUUGGUGCAGCAGGAGAUUUCCCAUCUUGGCUGCUUCAUCCAACGCCAUGCGACCAUAAUUCUCAUCCUGAGCACUAUUUUCCUACUUGCGAACUGCAUCGGUCUCAAGUCCGUCGUUUAUGAGACCAGAAUCGAUCGGCUGUGGUUUGAAGAUAGCGAAAAUCUGAAUAACGAGCGGAGCUAUACGAAGAAGUGGCAGGGCGAAGAUGAGACCGUAUUGAACAACCAGAUGUUCGUGCAGCGGCCCGCCUUUCCAAAUACAUCAGUCCUGACGCCCGAAGCCCUUAUAGCCCACUCGGAUGUGCUCAAGAGGGCAUCUUCGGUCUCUGUCGACAUGUACGAUAAGCACUGGGAAUUGCAGCACCUCUGCGCCGCGCUCAGCUUUCCCUCAUUUGAAGAUGGAAUGGUAGAUAGAAUAUUGGAGAACUCCAUGCCGUGUUUUAUCAUGACGCCGCUCUACUGCUUUUGGGAAGGAUCGCGGUUGAUACCACAGAGAUUUCCUAUUAUACCAAAUAUCACUGGGGAUUGGAUCAACGUCAACCCGAUAAAACUAAUAAGCGAACAUAGGAAGGCUAUAGAAAAGUACGGAGGAAAAUUUUUUUAUGAAAAACUGGAGUACACCAUAGAACAGGCUGGUCUGAGUAUGGGUUUUUCACAAAAAGCAUGCCUGAACCCGGAAAACCCUGAUUGUCCGAAAACAGCGGAAAAUAAGAAAACUAUGGCGCCACCAAAUGUUGGUUCAAAAUUAAGCUUUGGCUGUGAUGGCAUGGCUAGCCGGUACAUGCAUUCACCUGUCCAGGCCAUCGUUGGUGGAGUGAAGGAAUACAACACCAAUGGCGAAAUAAUGGAAGCCGCAGCAUUGCAGACCAUUAUUUACCUAAUGUCUCCAACAAACCUGUAUACUUACUGGAAGAACGACGAAGUGCAUCAUUCUGACUGGAGUCCUGCGAAUGCUGCUUUGGUGCUCAAAGCCUGGCAAUUAAAGUUUGAAAACGAGGUGGCACGGCUGACAAAAGGAUUGCGCUCUCCUGUCAAUGAAGAGGAUGACAUUUUUGAAGCUGAAAUCGCUAUCCCUAACUUGGACCAAUUCUCUUUUGUUACUUUCACGUCUGCAAACCUGGAAAAAAUCAUUGCCGAUAAUACGUCGUUUGACCUUUGCCAAAUUAUAGUUGGAUAUUUUAUUGUUGUAUUAUAUGUCAUCUUUGCCAUGUUUCGGUUUGACAGCGCCGUUAAGUCUAAGUGCUCAGUUGCCAUGAUUGCAGUCGUAUUCAUCCUCCUCAACACCGCCGCUGGGCUUGGUAUGUGCGCUAUGUUGGGGUCGAUUUUCAACAUGGCAACCAGCAACAUUUUACCAUUCCUCUCAUUGGCGAUCGGCAUAAGUGACGUAUUUGUGUUCACCAAGGCAUAUGCUGAACAGCCCUCCUGGCAGAGCAGACCAGAGGAGCAAGUUGGAUGCAUCCUAAGAAAAGCUGGCAUCAAUGUGAUGCUUACCUCUAUGUGCAAAAUAGCUGCUUUCAUUGCGGGUGGCUGGGUCCCGAUCCCUGCCAUGCGUGCCCUAUCGAUGCAAGGAGGUGUCUUGAUGCUUUUCCACAUGGCGUUUAUGUUGCUGGUGAUGCCUGCCGUGAUCAGCAUGGACAUUAAGCGGCGUCAGGCUGGACGCUACGACCUGCUCUGGCCUGUCCGCGUCAAACCCAGUGUGGGUGCAAUGAGAAAGUUGGACAUUUUCAAACCGAUGCGGCAGGCUGUCGCGGUCACCAUGCCGCCCAACUCGCACAUUGUGACCACUGUGCUGGCACCGGAGGACACUGAAAUGCCGUGUAGCGAAAUCGAUGCGAACAAAGACUCGCUUCAUAGAACAUUGGAGGACGGCUGGCCCGUGCCACAGUGUGUGAAUAAGUGCUCGUCGCUGACAAAGUUGGCCGUGGUGAAAUACUCCAUGCUCUUCACCUAUUCUGGUGUUAAAGUAUUCCUGUUCUUAUGGAUGAUCGUAUGGCUGAUUUUCAGUGGCAUAAACAUUACCAACUUGAAAAAUGGCCUAGAACUCAAGGAUUUAGUGCCGGCCAGCACAUCUGUGCAUGAAUAUUUUCAUUUACAUAAAUCGUACUUUAAUUUUUACAACAUGCACAUCACAACAAAAGGUGCGUUCAACUACAACACCAAACAAGAGCUUUUACAUGAUUUCCACUCAAAAUUCAUUGGUGUGAACAAUAUUAUACGCAAGCAAGAUGGAGGACUGCCGCGAUUCUGGCUCGCUAUCUUCAAAGAUUGGCUCGUCAACAUUCAAGAGGCGUUUGACGAUGAUUGGAAGAAUGGCCAUAUAACCAUGGAGGGGUGGAAUAAAAGUGCUGCUUCUGAACGCGGCAUUCUCGGCUACAAGCUUUUUGUGCAGACGGGCCGACCAGAUCAUCCGGUUGACAAGUCACAGUUGACCAAGAUCAGGCUGGUUGAUCGCAAUGGAAACAUCUAUAGCAGGGGGUUCUACAACUACCUCACUGCCUGGGCAAGCCACGACGCCGUCGGCUACAGUGCCUCCAAGGCUAACAUGCGGCCGGAACCAAAGCCAUGGUACCACGACCCAAAUGACUUUGCACUUGCCAUUCCUAAGGCCAAAUCCAUCAUGUACGCUGAAAUGCCAUUCAACCUACGCGAUCUGAAUGAUACGAAUUCCAUCGUGCAAUUUAUCGCAGAAGUGCGUGAUAUUUGCAACUCUUACUCAAAAAGUUACAACAUCCCCUGCUACCCCAGUGGCAUCCCGUUCAUGUUCUGGGAGCAAUACUUUAACCUGCGUCGCUUCUUGCUGUUUGGAGUGGCUACAUUGCUUGCUUCUAUCAUUUUAAUUUUAAUGCUCAUGACGGUCAACAUUUUUCUGACAACCCUCAUCACGGCAUACUUGGUCAUCUGCUGCGUGCAAAUAAUCAGCCUCUACAGCAUAUUUGGCAUCUCCCUAAGCGCAAUAUCAGGACUGGUGGCGUUGUAUGGAUUGGCAUUCUGUGUCCAGCCUGCUCUGAAUAUUAGUCUUAGCUUUAUAACUGCCAUCGGCAACAGGAAUAGGAGAGUCAGACUCGCCCUUGAACAUAUGACGAUGCCAACUUUGCAUUCUACUGUGGCCGCCGUGCUGAGUAUUGUGGUGCUUGCAUUUUCCAAUUUAGGCUUCAUUGUCAACCAUUUCUUCUUUGCAUUAUUAAUAGUGCUGAUCGUGUCAUGCGUCAACAGCCUGACGUUUUUCCCUCUCAUGCUUUCAAUAUUCGGUCCACCUGGAAUGAUUGAGCCACACGAGUAUGAGGACCGAAUAGCAACCCCAACCCCCUCACCACCGAGAAAGCGGCGGAAAGCGCCGCGCAGGCCUCGUCGUCCAAUCGUGCUGAACCAUCAGCAACAGCGGUGCACGUUCCACUGCCGCGAGCCCUCCCUAACCACAAUCAGCGAGGAGUCCAACUCUUGGCAGCCGAGCAACCCUGAAAUCGUGGUGCAGCCCAAGGUGGUCCUGGAAACUACCACGCAUCACUACCACCACAACCACCCACCCCCUACCGCAGGCACCUCAGGCUGUCCGGCGAAUUGUCCUGCAGCACAGCAGCAGUGGUCGUCGCCGCCAGCGCCAGACGGCUCUGCGACGGCAGCUGGAAACAGUGUUCCUCCUCUCACCUCAUACCCGCACACAAUUGCCAUGGCCACCACCAAAGUGAAAGCCAAGACCCAACUCGAAGUGGAGGUUCACACGCCAGUCAUGAUGUCUGCCGGGCCAUUCUGGCCAACUGCCUCCACGUCGUCCUCUACCUCGUCCACAUUUUCGUCCUCGGACCAAUCUGGCGACAGUGGAGCAAAGCAGUCAUAGAAUGUGGCGCGAGGCGACAAACAAUCAUUAUGGCAAUUCAGAGGUAAAAUUGAGCCCCCAUCUCUAAUUCGGCCUUAUUAUAUUUUGGGUUUCCAAAAGUGAACUAUUCACACCACUCAAAAAUUAAAUUUUAUCUGCUUAAGUUAAAUCAAAUCCUCAUUAUAAAUAUUGAUUGCCUUUUGUACUUAAAAGAACAGCCUCCAUGGUACCUGUAUUAGAGCAAUUUUACUUUUUUACACUAUAUUAAUCGAUGAAUUGCAGUAUUUUGUACAGUAGCCCUUUUGAGACUGAACCACAAUACUCGACUAUUAUACUAUACGACUAGCAUUUAUUUUAUAUCGACUAAUUUAUUUAUUACCAGCUUUUUAUUUGGACAGUCGCCAAGAAUUGUUUGCGGAAAUCAGGUGAACCGAAGUCUAGCACAAUAGUACCGCCAGCUAUAUUUAAUAUUUCUCUAAUCAUUGAAAAGCGUCCUAAAGAUUAUUCGCAAUUCGCUAAAUGAUGUCACUAACAUGCAAUCUCUUAGGAUUUUACUUAAAAUGCUAGGGAUGGUAGAGAUUUGAAUCCUACAAUGCUAUUUAUUAACCCUCAAUGCUAAUGGUAUGGCGGGGACACAAGAUUAAAUUUGUCACCUAUUGUCGGUACCAAAUCUCCACCAUCCUUAGUUGAAGCGACUUAAAUAAGGUUCCAUUGUAGAAAAUUCGUAUAUUUUUAGGCACUCUUGGCAACGACAAAUAAUUGUUAUGUCCGAAUUUCAAAAACUCUUUGGAUGCUACAUUUUAGUUUGUAACAAAUUGAUUGAACUUGAGUAGCCCAGUGUGAUUUGAAUAAGUUGUGCUUAAAUUUUUUUAUUCGAAAAUUACAAAUGAUAUAUAUAUCCAUAAAAACUCGCUAACACUGUCAAAUCAAAAACUGUCCCAGUGACUUUACUUUUGGUGAGGCGCUGAAAUUCAAUAAAUUAACCAUCAACAAAGCAAAUAGAAAUGCUAAAAUAUCAUAACGGGCUGGGAGGCGCCCCGGUUGUCUCAAUCUAAUACCUCAAUGCGUGGGGGCAAAAAAUUUAAAGAUGGCCCGGGCUCUGCGGCCACUUGGGCCUUGUGUUGUCCCCUUGGUGGUCAUUGGAACUUGGUGAGCUCAUCUCACGGGAUGUGCAGAGCUGAGGUUCUAAAAAAACGUAGCAUCCCUUUCAAAACGCAGAUUUAUUUUUCGCCGCAAUUUCUGAUCUUGAAUCAUGUUUGAACCUUUCAACGUCCGCUUGCAAUACGAAAGUUUAGACUUCGGCCUUUUUUUUAUAAACACGAGUAUGAGUACAGCAACAAUGAUUAUGUCUGUUAUUUAUUUUUUGGACUGAAUGAGCCAGUCUCCGAAUGUAGCAAAAAAUGUAAAUAUGUAUUGUAUGCCCCUUCGAUGGGACGAUCCUUAACUUAUAUGAUGAACUGAGUGGUGUAAACACUGGAAACUACCUCCAUAGAAGGCAGCUGUAUUGUUGUGCCUGUGUCUAUAACAAAAAAUAAAAUGACAGUAAUUCCUCUUAA